AUGAAAUUCCUUACCGCUAAUACUAUUAUUUUCCCAAUUUUCCUAGGUAAUGCAUGGGCAUCAUACCUCUUACAAAAUGAACUUAUUGGAAAGAUCAAACAAUCCGAGGCUGUCGCUAUCAGUGCUAUGUCAACUACUCAAGAACUCUGUCACAAGAAAGAUCACAAUAUUGAAAAACAAGAAGACCUCACCAACUUAGCAAGAACAUGUAGUGAAAUUUAUGGUAACUUGGCUAUUUCAAACAAUUAUCAAGAGAAGUUUGUCGAUCUUGGUGAUAUUGAAAAGAUUCGUGGAGAUUUCAAAGUACAAGGCUCUUCCAGUAUCGUAUCAAUCAGUGCUCCUAAACUUGAAACUGUUGGUCAGAAGUUAGAGUUUAAGAAUUUAACUUCGUUAGUCUCGACAAAAAUUGGAUUAUUAAAAAAUGUUAAGACUGUUGAACUUGUCACCCUUCCGUUAUUGAAGGAAGUGUCAAUUAAUAACAAUAUCAACAAGAUGAAUAAAAUUGUUAUUUCAGACACAUCACUUCAAUCUGUUGAUUUUUUCAGUAACAUUGAACAAACUGAUCUCUUGGAAAUUAAUAACAACAGAUAUUUAGGGAGAGUUGAAUUGAAAGUUAAAACUGUUAAUAAUAAAUUAAACAUAUAUUCUAAUGCUGAUGAUACAAAUAUUCAAUUACCAAUUUUACAUUCUACUGGUGAUCUAUCAAUUCGGAAUGCAGGGGCAUUGAAUUUACAAAGUCUAGAAUUUGUCAAUAAAUCCUUAGAUAUCAUUGAAAAUUCCAUCACUGAAUUAAACUUGAAAAAUUUGAAAAAAAUAUCAGGAACAGCAGCUAUUAUUGAUAACAAAAAAUUGAAUGAAAUCCACAGUGAAAACCUUACCCAUAUUGAAGGUGGUCUAUUAGUUAUUAAUAAUGAAGAUUUGAAGAGUAUGGAUUUCUUACCCGAAGUUCAUACAAUUGGGGGUGCCAUUAAAUAUGGCGGAUCAUUCGAUAAAGUUUCGUUCCCCAAACUGAAGGUAAUUAAAGGUGGUGCAAAUUUUGUAACUGAAUCUAAUAAAUUCAAUUGUACAGCAUUACUAAAUCCAUUUAUCGAACGUCAUGUUAUUAGAGGUGAAAAUUUAACAUGUUCAUCUAAUUUGAAGGGAGAGGAUAAAAUCAAUAAACAUGGUAGUAGUAAACUAUCUUAUGGAACAUUAACAACAGGAACUUAUAAUCCAAACAACUCUAGCAAAACGUAUUCGACUGAAACAGAUUCAGUUAACUCAUUAACAUCUAUCUCUUCUACACCUCAAAAGACUGUCAAUGCUGAUAAGAUGAAGAAAAAAAAUGAUGCAUUUAAAUCGUCCAGCUACACUGCCACUAAUCUGAUAGGAUGGUUGGUAGUUGCUUUCUUAUUUUUCUCUACGUUAUAA